AUGCGUGGUUCAUUUUGCUCAAAUGAAGGUAUUUUUUUGGCUCUUUUCAUCAUAGAAAUUAUCAUAAUUUUUUUCAAGUCUUUUAGUUAGGUUUUUUUUCUCAUUUAAAACAAUACUUUUUUGAGCCCUUUUGGUUUUUUGUUGAAAGCGAGUUAAAAAAAAAAACUAUCGCGGUCCACAUGUCUUUCGUCAAAAAAAGCAUUCAUCCUUUUAUUCGGAAAAAAACGUUUCUAGCAGGCAGCCAAAAAUAAGUUUACGCUUUUUUUGCUAUAAUAAAAAAAUCUCGUAAAUUUGCUGCGAAACAAUAAAAUGUUUUUUUGCAGCAAUACUCUCAAAUGUUAUUUUUUUAAAGCUUUUUAGGGGUUUUUUGCAUUUUUUUUCAAGCCGUAAAAUUCUUUCUUUUUCAAGGAAAUAUCGUACGUAUGUUGUUCUUUUGGAAAAAGAAAAUACUUUCUCAGACCGUUCCGAAACGGAAGAAUCUCAACAAAACGAUGACGACAUGCCUCCGCUUGACAAUCGUCAUCUCAAUUUGAUCCAUGAAGAACUGGAAAAACUGAAUAUCGCUACUGAUAUCAUCAACAAAUUGGAAGUUCUGCUCGAUGGCGCCCGAGCAACUUUUAGGUUGGUAAUAUCUUUGGUUUGACUUUUUUUCUAAAUCAUCAAAAUUAUUUCUUUCAUCCGGUUUCAAAUCUAAAUAAUUUUUAUCUCCGAAAACUCACAUUCUGGGAAUUAUCCCACUGAAUGAUUGUGAGUAUUUCCUUUUUUUUAAAUCUAACGAUAAAAAUGCUUCUUCAGAGAAACGCAAGGAACAUGGUCAGAAAAACUGAAAGAGCUUUCCAAACAAUAUUCUAGUCACAUUGCCAAAGCGAGGCCAUACUACGAGCUACGAUCAGAGGUUUGAAAUUGUUUUUGAUCGGUUUUUUUUAGCUGUUCUUUUCUCAGGAAAGAAAGCUGCGCGAAGAGUCUCAGAAAGCAGCUGAGCGAUUUGAAAGGGCAACUUCUUUACUUGCGGUGGCCAAGCAACAAGUGUCGCUGACGCAGGACAGUCUUUCGCGUCAAUCUACUGUUUUACCCGAGUGCCUAGAAGUAUGUUGAAGAAGAAAUUGUCCAAGAAAAAGUGAACGCGAUUUGAAAAUUUCUCAUGAAAAGUUUGGUUUUGACAGCGUAGGGUCGUUCUUGAUUUUGAAAACUCGUGGAAAAAAUUUGCCUUGUGAACUGUUUUCAAAUGCAGUUUGAAAGAAAAAUUCAGGUUCUCAAUCAUCACAUUCAAAGAGUUAGCGAAGCAGAAGAAGAGCGUAUGGGAGCAGAAGCCCUACAUGCGGCAAAAGCUCACGCCAUGCUUCAGUUGGUCGAGAAGAUUCGCAAAAUUGAAAAAGAGAACCGGUAUGAUGGAUUUAUUUGUAGAAGAUACAUAUCAAAGAUUUCAGAAGCUCAAUUAAAAAAUCGAGAAAAUAUUUUGAAAAAAGGCUGGAGUUCACGCUUAUUCUGGAAUCUCAGAAAGAACAAAUUCUACGUCUUGAAAAAGAGGUAAGAUUGUAUAUGAAUAUUUUGAUUGCCUGUUUCUAGCGAACAAACAUCACGUUUUUCACUUAAUUUUAUCUCACGCCUACUCAAAUUUGCACAGCUGUCGCAAAUAUGGCAUUUCUACAGGUCCGGCAGAAGAAAAACGAUUACACAACAUCGUUGCGAAAUCUGGAGAGGAUAAGUGACCAAAUCCACGAAGAGAGAUCUUUGGAGGGGUCUUCCGAAGACAGCACCACAGAAAGUUCUUCUUCUCCGUCAGUUCCUGGAAAUCCACCUCCUUAUCAACCAACAGCUCCGCCUCCAUACGAAGAUGAAUAUGCAAUCGAAAAAGUUAGUAUUUGGAAUUUUUCUUUAAUAAUCAACUCGAGCGACAGAGAAUUUCAAACAAAAGUUCAUUUCACUUUGGAGUAAAAGUUUUGGAAAGUGAGAUGGGAACCCUUAAAAUUUUUUUUUGGUACAGGAAGGAGUGCUCCGGUCAAUUCUCAGGAAUUUUCUAACCGCAAAUUAAAAUGACUCUUGUUAGCGUUCAAAACUAGAACUGUUAUAAAAAAAAAGUCGACUUCUACAAGAAACUAAUCUCACUUCAAAAAAGUCAUUGAAAACGGAAUGUUGAAAACUUUAAUUGAAAUUUUUGUUGAUGGUAAAAAAAGGUAGAACUCGAGAAAAAAUUAUUUUUGACCCAAUUAUCUCAGAAAAAAUUGUGCGGAGACGUUUCAACAAUCUAUUUGACACAUAAACUUUGUCGAAGACUUUAGAAAUAUUCCAGAAAAAAAAAACUAUUAACGGCUGCUGUAACUGUAAAAAUAACAGAAAGACCAUUACUGAAUGAUUUUUCUUUCCAUUCAACAAUUUUUUUGAUUAAAAAAACUAAAAAGUUUUGAUUCCACUGACUACUGUGACUUUUCUAUCAGUUACCGGAUGACGACUCAAUGGUACUAAGCGUCAUGAAAGAAGACGAUCAAAGCGAAAAAAUGCAAAGAUCUCUUGGUUCUGGUGUCAUUCUCCUUGCGCAGCAGCUGAUCCGAUCUGCAAACGAUCGCUCACCCAACAGCAACAAUUCCAAGUUUGUCCUUUCUUCUCAGACAAAAAAAACGAGUUCAUUGCCGUGUAACAUCGUUUUACUGUUUCUCAAAUGCAAUGGGAAAUUCGGGUCAAGCGGAAUAAAAGACACGGCUGUCCUUGUUUCCAAACUUGGAUUAUGCGGCUUCCUCACAAGAUUUGAUCAUUUUUUCAUUCUUGGCACUCAACUUGUUCAGGCAGUUACCCGAAUUUUUUUGAAAAUAAUAGAAAAUGAUUUCCAUGUUAUUUUUCUUUGAAUAAAGAUUUUUUAGGUUGCAUGCGGUGGAGUCAGAGCCAGACAUAAGUUACCACACGAGACCAAUUGGUUUGGCUGAUUCUCCAGAUAGUCUUUCAGACGUGAGUUUUUAUACAUGGCAACAGCGAAUAAAUAAAAACAGAAUAAUAAAAAAUUACUGUCAGUUUAAUAAUCAAGAAAGCGAAUGACUUACUACGAAAAAACUUAUGAGCACUGAAAAGGCUCCUUUUCCCGUUGAUUUGUUUCAAUUUCGCAGAUCCAUCAGUUUUCACAGAUCAAAAAUCUCAAUAAAAAAAUCUUUUUGCAGGUUUCCUCAGUUGUUUUCACGGACGACGAGUCUCUGCCAGCCAUGUUAAUGAGCCACUCUGACCUCAUUAAGGUAGAGUCCUGAGAGAAACAGAUUCAAAAAUCAGAUUUUUUCAGGAAAUCGAAAAUGCGACUGAUCGCGUGGGUUCAAUUCUUCGAAACAAACGCAGUGUCAGCGACGUUAGGAGUUAGAAGCCGCCGAUCCGUGUUAAUGAGUAGUUUCUGUGACUUUAUCGACAUGUAGUUAGUAGAAAAAUACUCCUCCUACACAACUAAAGAAAUGUGACUGGUUAAGACGUUUUCCUUCAUUCGGUCCUACGUGGUUAGUUCUUGAAUUGGUUGAAUUGGAUAUCAUGGUGUUUAUGAGCUUUUCUCUUUUUCUUCUUUUUCUUAGAAUUCAAGGUUCCAUGUUUUCUUGCUCACUGUUCAUCGAAUCUCUGCAUUGUAUCUUCUUGAGUUUUGCCUUUUUUGCCAGUAAAUUCAAAGUGGGUACUAUUUAUAAUUGUUUUCUGUAUCACAUGUAAAUCGUUCUGUUCUCUGUAUUUUGUUUUUCACUAAACCGCUGCUGUCGGAUUUUUCUUUGUAAGAUAUUGAUGUAAGUUCAACUUAAAUCUUGCGUAUUUUUGCCUAUUCUUGUAUCAAUUCUACUCCUCUCAACUUAAUUGCUCAUAAAAUCUACGAAUUUAAAUUGCACUCUUUGAAAUGUUAAUAAAAAUACGUUCUUUGUGUAUUUCAUAGAGCAAAUCUUGCGAAUGGAAAAACGAAAAAGUGAGUGACUGUUUUUUUAUACAUUCUGUUUUUCGCUUUGGUUUCGGAAAAAAAACAUGUUAAGCUUUUAAAUAAACAAUGAAAAACAAAAAAACAAAAAAAUGCAACAAAAAUCGACUUAGCUCUCGAAAUUAAAAAAAUCCAGGAGAUUCCCGAAGAAAAAUUUUUUUAUUUGAGAAAAAAAAUAACGACAAGAGGAAUAAGAACGAUUGUUUGAGUUUCCGGAGAAUAACAAUAUCCUGGCGGAAAAACAUACGGAAAUCGUUCAAAAAUUAAAGUUUAUACUGAAAAAAAUUAUCAACAGGUAUAUUUUUCGAAGAAGCUCAGUUUUCGCAUGUUUUUAUUUAGGAAAAAUUCAUUAUGGCGAUUGUUGAACCAGAAAAUAUAUGAAAACUAUGAGUUUUAUAUAUUUUUUGCGCAGAUGUAACCUUGAAGCUGUUCAGUGUUUCUCUGAAGGUUCAACUGUACACGUAGUUAGUUUUGAAUUUAAUUUCUAAAUUUUGCAAGUGACCAAGCUAUUAAGCCCUUUUUUAUCAAAGAAAAAAUAUCUUUUGAAAACAGAAAACCCAUUUUCAAAAAAAUUAGUUGGCAGCUGUGAGUAUUCCGCAAGGCACAUUAAUAUUUUUGUUCAUUAUUAUUGCUUAGUUAUAUUCAAUUUGCUGGCACUAGGAAAAAAACUACAUCGCACUCAGAAUGACUUGAAUGUUUGUUUGCUCCAGCUCUCUUUCGCUGUGAAACUGGCAAAAAAUGCGUUCCGAGAGCGACUUGAAAUCCAUCUAGUCGAGGUGAAAUGAUCAUUUUACUGUCGUUCAUGAAUUUCGAGUUUUUGGGUGCUCAGACACUUCAAAACUAGGAGAUCAGUGGUAAUGGAAUCAUAUGAAUGCGAUCAUUCAAAAAUCUUGAAGCUUUAUGAUCCCGGUUCUACGCUUUAGCAUCGUUAUCACUUCUAAGAACUUUUCUGAAUCUGUUAAAGGACCAGAUAAAGUUGUAGCGUAACAAGAAAGUUUUUUUCAAUGUUUAGCUAACGAGUCUGUUUGAGAGAAUAACUGUGAAACAAUGAUAAUUUAAAAGGCCCCUCUACAAAAUAGGGAACCUUUCCAGAGACUAUUUUAAAAUUUUUGAAAACGCGAUAAAUAUCUUUAUUCAAACUUUUUUUUUUCUUUUAUCCUUCGGCCUUUUUUGAUAGGCGGUUGAAGAGUUUAAUUUGCGUUAUGAAAAUGUUCUCAUUUUGAACUAGACUGACUUUUUGAUUUUUGCUUCCGCUCAUAGUCGUCUUUUGUGAUUCGAAAGAUUUUGGGAUGAUCAGAUCAUCGUCUGUUCUGUGCAGAGUUUUCCUCAAGGCAGGGGUUAACUCGCUGUUGAUGAUAUCACUCAAAUGACGUGUUCGAUCUCUCUUGAGGUUUGUGAGAGUGAUCAACAACAAGGAGCAGCCGCCCUCGGUUUCCGGAAACUGGCAAGAGAAGUGCCUGAAAUGACCAACGACGACACAGCUGCCGUAGGGUGGCAGACGAAUCGUUGGAGGAUGAAAGCCGAGAAUCGAUUGAUCGGGCUUGUUGUGUGCUUUCGUGCCUCGCCUCCUCCGAGGCGCUCGUCAAGACGGAGGCCGAGCUUUACACUAGCCCCGCGGCUCACUCCGAUGUGCCCCACACUCGUUCGCUGUCCUCUUAUCGUUUCGAAGUUUCAUCGAUGGCUGUUGUUCUCAUCUCCGUUCGUUUCUGCGCCUUUGUCACUUUUUAUCUUUUUUUUUCUCAAAUCUUGCAGAUUAUACCGUAUAUAUCUGAGUCGUGCUGAUUGAAAAUGAAACGUUGCGUUAUCACGUACUAUCGGAAAUCAAACCGAAUUUUGCAGAGUCGCCAUGUCAUGGGCUGAUAUGGUUAACAACAGCCUCAUCGGCACAGGAAAUGUUAGCAAAGGCGCGAUCUGCGGUUACGAUGGAUCAAUAUGGGGAAAGAGCGAAAACUUCAAGGUAUUAAACAUUCAAAGUCGUUUUUCAUAUUAUGUUCUGGCUAAAUCAUUUCGACAAAUUUCAGAUCACCGAAGAAGAAGCCAUUGCAGCUGGCAAUGCUUUCAAACAAAAAGUGGGUUAUACCGAGAAUCGAAUGAGUUCAGCAGUCCUCUCAGAAAGCUUAUUUGUAUAAAAAUCUGAAAAUUUCCGUGCAGUAACGUAAUCACUAUGAUCGACUCAUUAAGCUACUUUCCUGGAAGUUUUUCUUCGAUUAACUAAGCAAUUCAUAGAAAAAUGAAAUCAUAUGCCAACUCAAAAGUGUCAAAAUCAAGACUACGGUCUUUUUUUCAGAUCUAACUCUCUCCGCAGUUCCACUUUCUCACAAUCUUUUCUUCUGUUUUGACGCUCUAGAGUACACUAGUUCCGAGAAAAAAAGAUCAGUUGGCCCGUCGGCCGAAAAAUUCGAAGAGCUCACGUUUCUGCCAUUUAAUUUAGCAGCUGUUUUGUGAGGAACAAACAAUCUUGACAGAAGUCUUCAAAGUCUAUUCGCAGAGAUCUUUUCAAUAACUUAUCAACGUGUGAAAAUAUAAAUUGACUUUUUGCAGGACGCCGUACUCGGUUCAGGCCUCAAAUUUGAGGGCGAGAAGUACUUUGUUCUGAACGCCGACGACGAAAGAAUCAUUGGCAAAAAAGCUUCUUCAGGAUUUUUCAUUUACAGCACACAUCAAAGUAAUUUUUUCCGAAUUUUUUUUUUACUUUUGUUUGAUUCUAGCGGUUAUCAUCACAAUCUAUGAAGGAGGAUUACAACCCGAAUCCUGCAGCUCGAGUACUGGACGCCUUGCUGACUAUCUGAAAUCCAUCAACUUUUAGGCUGUACGUUGCACAAAAAGGUAUUUUCAUUUUAACCACUGAGUAUUUUCAAACAUCUUUUCUUUAUUCUUUUCAAGUAAAAGCUCUCAAGAUUUUCGUCAUUUGCUAACAUCACCUGAAUCAUUCAGAAAAGUAAACUUUUUGCAGGGUUUUUCGCUUUUUGCCGUUUUGCCGCUGAAAUCCGGUCUUAUGUCUGCAUACAGUCGUCGCAUUGGAAUUUUUUCCCUAAUUAUUUGA